AUGGAGAAACCCCUUUUCAACUCGUCCCAAAACAAGGAGGAGCUCCACCCGCUCCAUUACCUUAGCAGGACAGAAGCGAUGGCUAUCGAGCAAGAACUGCUAGAAGAGUUCCGGUUUGGACCGCAGCAGCUGAUUGAAAUCUGCGGCCAUGCCUCUGCCAUGGCGGUCACCAAGGUUUUCCCGCGAUGGUCCCUGCCGAAGAAACAGCCGACUUUGUUGGUGGUCUGUGGUUGUGAGCAGAACGGAGCGAUCGGCCUGGUGUGCGCCCGGCAUCUGCGUGUGUUUGAAUACGAGCCUACCAUUUUCUACCCCAAGCCAUCUUCUAACCCUCUUUACCGGGAUUUCAUUACCCAAUGUGAGAAAAUGGAUAUCCCUUUUCUUUCUUAUCUGCCAAACGAGAUUCAGCUCAUCAGCGAUGCCUACAACCUGGUGGUCGACGCCAUGCUGGGUGUGGAGACCAGUCCUGAGGAGGUGUGUGAACCCUACCUCUCUAUCUUGGGAAGCCUCAAGCAGAUCCAUAUUCCACUCAUCAGCCUGGACAUCCCAUCUGGAUGGGAUGUGGAGACCGGCAAUGGGAAUGGGAUCAAUCCAGAUGUCCUCAUCUCUUUGGGUGCCCCCAAACAAUGCGCCAUGCACUUCAUGGGCAAACACCACCUGGUAGCUGGCCGUUUCCUGCCCUACGACGUGGAAAGGAAAUUUGAGUUGAAUUUGCCUGAGUACCCUGGCACGGAAUGUGUUGCUUUUCUCUGA